AUGUCGGACCAUUGGCAUAUAAGACAUAUAAAUCUAUCAUCUGAAUUGUUUAAGAUGAAAUUAAUUGAUGAGGAUGAGGAUGACAUGUUUGAGGCUAUUCACAAUAACGUUGACAAAAUGGUUAAAUUUCCUUUUCAUAGUGUUCCUGAUGUCAAUUUGAAUGAUGAAACAGGAAAUCAAAUGUUAAAUGAAGUUAUAAAACAAUAUGUCAUAGUGUGCAAAUUAAAAUUAUUAUUCACAUUUAAUGAAAGGUUCAAUUAUAAUUUAUAG